UAGUCCAGAGUUGUACAAUUCUGUUCUGUCUUGCGCGCAACUUCUCGUCUCGUGUAUGAGCGCUAUAGCCGCACACACUGGCACUGCACAGCGCAGGCCGCGCAGUUCCGCCGCAGCUACUUUUUCAUUUCAUAUUUCAUUAUUAUUUUCUCAUUCAUCACCGCAUGAAUUGUUGUCCAUCCUCAAGGUCUGCGCGUUGGUAUGCAUUUUUUUCCAUCUGACAGAGAAAACACUAUAGAUGAGGGGAUUCUGUUGAGGAAAAAUUGAGAAAACUGCCUUUUUUAGGUAUAAAUUAUAAUCGUCGCUGCACGGGGCGAAUGCGAAUACAUACACGAGAUGAGUCGCAACAUGAAAUCUGUCUUGGAAAAACACCUUGCUACAGUUGAAGCCUUUUACCGGCAAGAUAAGAAGAAGAUCGAUCUAAUGAUCAAGACUAUGAUUGACAGUGAUGCGGGCUACAAUCCAGCCCUGGUUAAAGAAAGAGGCUAUGCUGAGGGUGUGAAAAUAAAAGCAAAAGGAAAUUCCUGUUACAAGAGAGGUGAAUUUGAAAAGGCUCGACUCCUUUACACUGAAUGCUUAGCUGCUGCAAUUGAUGGGCCUAUUGCUGCUACGGCAUAUGGAAACAGGUCUGCUGCUCUUUUUGAGAUGAAGCUUUUCAAGGAAUGUCUGAAAGAUAUUGAUCGAGCCUUGUCUCUCGACUAUCCCAACCAGCUGAAGGCUAAAUUGUAUAUCAGGAAAGUGAGAUGCCUCAAAUACCUGGGACAAGAUCACACAAAUUCUUUGCGUGAAGCUUUCAAUGUCAUAGAAAAAUUCAACCCUGAGUCAAUAAGCAAGCAGUUGAUUAAGGCAGCGAAGGAAGAUUUUGAAAAAGCUUCCGAGCCAUCAACCUUUAGCACCAAACUGCCCGAAGCCCACAUAUGGACUCUACCAACUUUGAGCUAUGGAGCUAACUCUGAAGUGCCAAGUUUUUCCAAAGCUGUGAAUUUGGAAUACAAUGAAGACCUUGGAAGGCACCUUGUGGCAAAUCGAGACAUAAAAAUUGGUGAUGUUCUGGUUGUCGACAAGUGUUUUGUUGCUUCUACCGCUAAAGAAGUUCGCUGGGAUUUUUGCAGCAAAUGCUUCAAAUCAUGCUUGACUCUUAUUCCAUGCAUCAAGUGUGGCUACGUGAUGUACUGUGACCAAGAGUGUCGAGACUCUGAUUGGAGCUCUGGCCAUGAUUAUGCUUGCUUCUUCAUCAGAUGUUGUUACGAAUAUGGUAGCAUGAACAAUGCCUUUGACUCCUUAAACCUGGGUCGUACCACUAUUGAACCAGGAAGAUUGAAUUUCAACUGCGACCUGCAGCGAAUGGUUGGAUUCCUUGGAAUUGAGAACAUAAAAAAUGCUGUCCUGCAAGACAAUGACCCUGUAGAAUGUCUCUCGGAUGGACGCACCAAAGGGUUUAUUAAUGGCAAAUUAGAAAUCAUAAACUUGGAGAGCAUUCUUUCGCUGAAGGAUAACUUUGAAAAAUUGACUAUGGAAGAGAAAAAAUGCUUUUCUGGGAUGGCGUUACUAUUGGCUGGCUUGCACAGGAUUCCUGAAGAUGAAAGAAUUCCAGUGGCUUCCCUUUUAUUGAAAAUCAUACUGAUUGUGCGACUGAACCAAAAGUCCAUCUACUACUUCAAGACUGAUUAUAGCAAGCUUGGUCUUCCAAGAGUUGUGGUUGGUACAGGAAUGUACCUAUCCAGCACCCUUGUGCGCCACUCGUGUGAUGCCAAUAUGAUCCAAGUGGGGUACGGGAGCACUUUAGUAUAUCGAGCGCGCAGACCUAUCUCAAAAGGAGAGGAGCUCACCGAUUGCUUUCUGGCUUCAGCCAGCAACCUGGAUAGGAAACAGCGUAGAGCAAUUUUUAAGUCCUUUGAUUUCAAGUGCAAGUGUCAGGCGUGUGAGCAGAAUUGGCCCAUACUUCCCGACUUGCCCUCACUGAAUAUGUCGGAUGCUGAAGUACCUCUAAUGAUAAAUGAGGCUGGUUUCAACCUUCUUGAUGAGACAGAAAGGAACACUCUAGUGUAUUACCUGCAGUUUGGUAUUCCUGCUGACAGUAAGAUUCUCCCUAAAAUGAUUGAUUUGCUCCGUGGCUUUCACAAUUCAAAGAAACAUCGCAUGACCCAGUGGUACUUCAUGUUACAAGAAUGCAUCAAAAAUCACUUCAGGGCCAUGGGAAACAAUUUCUAUUAUGGUGAUUCAAAGGAUAUCUUUGAUGGCAAAAAGAAUUUUUCUUACUCGCCCUGCGAUUUAAAAACACGAUUGAACAACAUUCAGGGAAUACCAAGCUCAUUCUAAGGUCUGCCCUAACUUAGUGAAGAUGAUAAAUAAUUGAAUGCCUAGUUAAUUGAAUCCAAUUUGAAAUUAAUUAUGAGGUUUAAUAAUAAUACCAAAAUUAUUCUGGAAAUUAAUUAUUUAACAGAAUUAUCAGAAUAUUUAUAUACUUGAAACUGAUAAUUUCGAGAAAUAUAUAUACAAAUGAAAUACAAGGAAAAUUAAUUGCUUUGAUUUUUGUCAUUAUAAUAAAAUAAAUAUAUUUUGUUUC